AAAUCAAAAUAAAAAUUCAAGUUUUUCGAUCAUUUUCAAGGCGGCUGCUCUCUCAUUUCUCUUUCCCCUCUUUUAAUCUUUGUUUCUGAUUCUUCCAUUACUCCCCGAUUAUAUUGAAGCCCCAUCGCCGAUCUCUUCUGAGCCACCGAUUUCUCUUUCCGGUCUAAAACCUUAGCAUCGGAGAAAACUCUGGCGGGGAACGGCGAAGCUAAAUCGGUAUUGGUUAGGCUAGAGAGGUAAAAAAAAGAAUGUCGGCCGAACAGAAAAAACAAGAACCUAGCCCUAACCCUAAUGGCAACAAUAACGAUAAUUUGAACAGUGAAACUGAACACGAAGAAAAACAAGUACAAGAAGAGCAAGAACAGGCUCCACGUCAGUCUUCGACGAGAACUCCUUUCACUAAUCUAAGUCAGGUUGAAGCUGACCUGGCUCUUGCUCGAACCCUACAAGAACAGGAAAGGGCGUAUAUGAUGCUUAGGAUGAAUAAUGAUGGGAGCGAUUACGGGAGUUGGGAGGCUGAAAGCUAUUUACAUGGUGGAGAUGACGGUUUUGGGGAUCCCCAUGAUCAUGAUAUUACCGAUGGUGAUGAAGAAGAAGAAGAUGAUGACGGUGAGCAGGAAGAUGAGGAUGAAGGGGAAUGUGAUGGCACUGAUGCUGAUGAUGACGAUGGGGAUGUGUUUGAUGUGCAUGCUGAGAAUGGUGAGGAGGUUAACAACGCCAGUAUUGAACUCGACCCAGCCGCUUUUUCGAGUGAUGAGGCUUAUGCUAGAGCACUUCAGGAUGCCGAAGAAAGAGAAGUGGCAGCUAGAUUGUUGGCCUUAGCUGGGAUAAACGAUAGAGGAAUUUUUACCUUUGAGGAUCAUGGAGGUAACUCUCAGGAUACAUGGGAAGAAGUUGAUCCUGAUGAACUUUCAUAUGAGGAACUCCUUGCACUUGGUGAAGUAGUUGGAACUGAGAGUAGAGGGCUUUCAGUCGAUUCACUUGCCUCCUUGCCUUCCAUAACGUACAAGGCAGUCAUCAGUCAGAUUGGAAGCAAUGAAUCGUGUGUUGUAUGCCGUGUAGACUAUGAAGAUGGUGAUUCCUUGACAUUGCUUUCUUGCAAGCAUUCAUAUCAUCAUGAGUGCAUAAAUAACUGGUUGAAAAUAAACAAGGUCUGUCCCGUUUGUAGUGUUGAGGUCUCAACAUCGGGUCAGAGCUAGUAUUUUCGCCAACUGCUUGUCUUAAUACGCAGAAUGUACCAUUUCUUUCUGGUGAAAAGACUUGUAGCCAUAACAUCUUCUUGCUUGCUUGCAUCCAUUCAUCUAUUAACUUUGUGUUAAUACUCCCUUUGGAAUUAGUUGAC